GAGUCAAUUUGUGUCCAAUCAUCUGUCGUGGCAAGUUGGUGGCAGCCAGCGCUUCGUUUUGGGCAGCUCAUUCCCUGCAAGUAGCUCAGUCAAUUUGGAGAAAAGAACGGAGGAAUCAUGACUGUGAAGCGCCGCAACCACGGACGUAACAAGAAGGGCCGCGGCCACGUGAAGCGUGUGCACUGCGUGUCCACGGCCAAGCUCAUCCCCAAGGACAAGGCCAUCAAGCGCUUCGUUGUGCGCAACAUCGUGGACCAGUCGGCCAUCCGUGAUCUGAAGGAGGCGUCCGUGUACGAGUCGUACGCUCUGCCCAAGAUCUACAUCAAGAACUACUACUGCGUGGAAGCCGCCAUCCACCAGCGUAUUGUGCGUGGUCGCUCGAUCGAGGCCCGUAAGAGCCGUGCCCCGCCCCCGCGUCGUUUCGCCCCCAAGCGCUCGUAAGCUGCUGCGCUGUUUAAAAGCAUUGCAGCCUGCGCGCAGCUGCGGUAGUAGCUGAUGCUCUGUUCAGGAAUGGGAGUUCGUUGCGUCUCCUCAGUCUCUUUUCCAGCGGAGAAUUUGCGGCAGAAGAGAGACAGGGGCCUUUUCGAUAGUAUGUCAAGACGUCGGACAGGUCGUGGGGAUGCCAGCAACUACCUUUCGCCAUAAUAAACGAGGCAUUCUUUCUCCAA